UAAACAAAACCGCCGUUUUUGAGCAACAAUCAGCAUAUUGUAUUUUUUUCCACUUAGACCCGGAAUUGUUAAAGCUCUUACUUAAUCAGUUGCCUUUCAACACUAGUAGAAAGCAGUAGAAAAAAAAUUAGUUUUUUAAAUAAAACUCGUAUUUUUGGCUUUUACAAAUGAAUCGAAUACGUUUAUUUUUACGCGCAGUAGAAGCACUUAAGAAUGGUGACCGAUACAGACAAAUCGCACUGCUUGUGCCACGCAAUUUCACACCCUUGACGGCAAUCAAGCCCAGCAGCAAUACGAGCGGCAAGGAGAGAUUAAAUUUAAGUCGCGACUGCAGCAACCAGACGGAGCCGGAAUAUGUUGUAGACAGCGUAACGUAUGACCGCGUCUGCUCCGAGACACUGCACGCACUAACCGACUACUUUGAGGAGCUCACUGAAAACGCAACGGACCUAGCCGGCGCCGACGUGAUCUAUGGGGAUGGUGUGCUCAGUGUUAAUAUGGGUGCAGAUAAUGGCGUGUAUGUGAUCAAUCGGCAGAAGCCCAACAAACAAAUCUGGUUAAGUUCGCCCACAACCGGACCCAAGCGCUUUGACUAUGUCGUCCAACCGGGCCAAGCCAAUGGCCAUUGGGUCUACAAGCAUACGGGCGUAACACUUCAUGAGGUACUUCAACAGGAAAUCACAAAAAUCGUUACCAAACAACCCGUGGAUUUCAUGAAGCUCCCAUAUUGCAAUGGUCAUUGAUUAAUUAUAAAUUUCAUUUGAAAUGAAAAGAAAAACAAAAAACUU